AUGGCAUUUUUAGCUGUAAUGGAUCCGCCACUGGUCACAGCACAAGAUAAAACAAGAAGCGAACACAUGGCCAUAGAUCUCAGUGAUAUCACUUCCGACACUGAUGUCCAUAAUUUCGACUUUUUUGAUUCCGCCAGACAUGAUUGUCAAGAAAGAGAUUAUGACGUUUCGGGAACGAUGUCAACAAAUAUUGAAAAUUCUGAUGAAAAACAUUAUCGAAGGAUUAUGCAAGGUGGGUAUACCAGUCAUUUCUUUGAAAACCGAGGAUUUGGUUGGCUUUUAGACAUUGACGAUGAUAUGGUCGAUUUUCAGAGGCCUUUAUUGGAGGAAUUAGAUAUUGACUUGUCUGAUAUUUAUUAUAAAGUACGCUGCGUUUUAUUUCCUUUGCCUUAUUUUCGUCUGAAAUUAUGCAUCGUUCGAGAAUCGCCUGAUUUCUGGGGACCACUAUUUAUUGUUUCAACUUAUGCAUUAUUAUCAUUGUACGGACAACUAAGUGUACUUUCAUGGAUUCUAACAAUUUGGUUUAUUGGGUCAUUUUUUGUUUUUUUCCUAGCUCGAGCUUUGGGAGGAGAAGUCGGUUAUGGUCAAGUACUUGGUAUUGUCGGUUACUGUCUCAUACCAUUAGUUGUUGUAGGCUUAAUUACUUCAGUUUUGUCAAGGUUCCGGUUGUUUUCUAUAGCAGUUGGCUGUUUCGGUGUUUUAUGGUCUGUAUAUAGUGCUGGUACACUUCUCUGUGUUGAGGAACUCCGUGAGAAACCCGAUAAUAAGGAAAUAUUGGAGUGUGCAUGGAUUACUUGCCUGCUACCGAAAGUGUGUCAACGCAUCGAUGGCAUUGUAUUAUGCGUUUUUCCGAAUGAUACUGUGAAAACAAAAAUGGAAAGACUUUCGGAAUCGGCGUCAUUAGCGAGUCAGAUGAACCAAAUCACCGAAUCUAUCCUCACGGAAUCCGUUACCUAUAUUUCAUCGAUCCCUUAUUCGCCAUCGUCAUCAUCAUCACUUUCCGAUACAGAAUCAUUUCCAUCUUCCGGUGCUGAAACAAAGCAAGGGCUGCUUCUAACUGAUAUAGUGACACAAAUUGAUUCAAAAAUGUCUGAAAAAAGUUUCAUAAUCAAAACACUUCCGGAAUUAUGCUGGCUUCCUGCUGUCACUGGGCCAUGUUCAAAAGCAAAAGUAUUGUGGUACUACAAUUCCUUAAGGGAUCGAUGUGAAAGAUUCAGCUUCAGUGGUUGCGGUAAUGCGAACCAUUUCUACAGCCGGGAAAAAUGCGAAGAAACUUGUCUGAUGGAAUAUCCUAGUACAUCUUUUGGCUUUUAA